AUGGCGUCCAGGGACGAGAAGGCUGAGGAGGCCGGCGGUAUCACGCCGCCUUCUGCUGCCCACACGCACACAAAGGAUACUUUUACUGGCGAUGUUGAGGGUGUUCGCGAUGAUUUUCGUGAGGACGACUUCAUGACCCGUAAUGGUCUCAAUCUCAAGUCCUUCCAGCGCCGUGACUACGGUACUGGCGUCGUUGAACUCGAUCGAUCCAUGAAGAAGCGCCAUCUCCACAUGAUCGCUAUUGGAGGCUCUAUCGGUGCUGGUUUCUUCGUCGGUUCCGGUGGUGCCCUCACCAAAGGUGGCCCAGGUGCCGUCUUUAUCUGUUUCUCCAUCGCUGGUAUCAUGAUCUUCAACGUCGUCCACGCUCUUGGUGAACUCGCUGUUAUGUACCCUGUCUCUGGUGGCUUCUAUACCUACUCUACUCGCUUCAUCGAUCCUUCCUGGGGUUUCGCCAUGGGUUGGAACUACGUCUUUCAAUGGGUCAUUGUAUUACCACUCGAAUUAACUGUCGUAUCCUUCACGGUGCAAUACUGGAACCCUGAUAUCAACGAAGCGGUCUGGAUCACUGUGUUCUGGCUUUUCAUCAUCGUAAUCAAUGUGUUUGGCACAUUGGGAUAUGCCGAGGAAGAGUUUUGGAGCUCCUGCUUCAAGCUUGCUGCCAUCGUCAUCUUCAUGAUUGUCGCCAUCGUGCUUAUCUGUGGUGGCGGUCCUUCUAGUGGCGAUUUUAGCACUUACCAGGGUGCUAAGCUCUGGUAUAAUCCCGGUGCCUUCCAGAAUGGUAGCCGUGGCUUUUGCGGUGUCUUUGUUACUGCUGCCUUCUCAUUUGCUGGAACUGAGCUGGUCGGUCUGGCUGCUGCUGAGUCUCGCAACCCUGCCAAGGCUCUUCCCGGUGCUAUCAAGCAGGUCUUUUGGCGUAUCACCCUCUUCUACAUCGUUGGUCUUACCCUUGUCGGUAUGCUUGUAAGCUCCACCGAUGAGCGUCUCCUCAACAGCGACAACCCUUACAAAGAUGGUGUCUCUCCCUUCGUGCUCGCCGUCUCCGAUGCUGGUCUUAAGGGUUAUGAUGACUUCAUGAACUUCGUCAUUUGUAUCUCAGUCGUCUCUAUUGGUGUCUCUGCCGUCUAUGGUGGUUCCCGAACUCUCACUGCUCUCGCUGAGCAAGACUACGCUCCCAAGAUCUUUACUUAUAUCGAUCGAUCUGGACGCCCUCUCGUCUCUGUUGUCUUCAAUCUUGCCUGGGGUGCCCUCGCCUACAUCGUCCUUGCAUCUUCUGGCAACCUGGUAUUCAACUGGCUCCUCGCUGUCUCUGCUCUUGCUGCUCUAUUCACCUGGGGCUCUAUCUGCUUCGCCCACAUUCGUUUCCGCUGGGCAUGGCAGCGUCAAGGUCGUAGCCUCGAGCAAAUCCCUUUCAGGGCCGCUGGAGGUGUCUGGGGUUCUUGGCUCGGUCUCGCCCUUUGCUUCGCCAUUCUUGGCUGCCAGCUCUUCACCGCCGUCUGCCCGGCAGGCAAGGAAGGCUAUGGUGAUGCCACCGACUUUUUCAUGGCUUGCCUGGCUAUCCCCGUCGUUCUUGUGUUCUGGAUCAUUGGAUACAUCUGGAAGCGACCCAAGUGGCUCACACUCGACCAGAUCGAUCUCGAUACUGGUCUUCGUGAGCAUGACUGGGAUAUGAUUAAUGCCUACCGCGCCAAGGUUGCUCAAUGGCCCGCUUGGCGCCGAUUCUUCCACAAGUUCAUGUAA